AUGCGCUGGUCCCUUUUGUGCGAUAUAAAUGUCCGAAUCGCCUACACGAUUUGCGGAAUUCUCAUCGGACUCUUCUGGGCUUGUGUCUACAUUUUUGCCUGGAAAGUGGGUAAAUUAUGAUAUUUCUAAUUCCGAAAAAUGUACUUUUCAGAACUGGGUAGCACUUGCCACGUGUCUAACCGCCACCGCAUUCGCGUUCGAGACAUUUUUCCUGUACUGGUCGGUCAAAAAGGACACAAUUUUGAAGUGGAAACCCCGAACUUUCCAAGCGCUUUUUUGGAUUAGUGAGUGGAAAGUGCGCUCUUCCGAACAAGACACCAGUGUUCGGUGGAGAGCUUUUGCAUUAUUUUUUAAAAAUUGCUCUAGUUUUUCAGAUUUUAUCGUCGGAUUUUUGUCAAUUGGCGGAAUGAUCGCUGCAAUUGUAUUGGCGGCCACGAAACAUCAAGGAGUCAGCAAUAAAGGUACGUUUUUCCGCGUUCCUCGCUUCGAAGAUCGAGACCUAAAAUUCGAAAAAUUUUAGACCAACACGGCUUAAACUGGUGGUCGACUGCCACGUGGUUCUUGGUAAUGCUCAAAUGGACGUGGCAAAACGCGUUUUUCGCCAGAUUUUUCGCGAGAAAACUGGCGAAAUCUGUGAUUCGACCUGAAGAUCCGGAAGACGAUCCGGUUUUGUGGAAAUUUUAA